AGCUUCAUUGCCAUCAAGCCUGACGGCGUUCAGCGCGGCCUGAUCGGGCCCAUCGUCUCUCGCUUCGAGACCCGUGGCUUCAAGCUCGUCGCCAUCAAGCUCAUGACCCCCGGCAAGGAGCACCUCCAGGCCCACUACGCCGACCUUAAGGACAAGCCCUUCUUCGCCGGCCUCAUUGAGUACAUGAACUCUGGCCCCAUCUGCGCCAUGGUCUGGGAGGGCCGUGACGCCGUCAAGACUGGCCGUGUCCUCCUCGGUGCCACCAACCCCCUUGCCUCCGCCCCCGGCACCAUCCGUGGCGACUACGCCAUCGACGUCGGCCGCAACGUCUGCCACGGCUCCGACUCCGUCGAGAACGCCAAGAAGGAGAUUGCCCUCUGGUUCAAGGAUGGCGAUGUCGUCUCCUACAAGUCUUCUCAGUUCGACUGGGUCUACGAGAAGCCUUAA